CUCCUCUUUCUGACACUGCUUCUUCUGCCGUAGUCCUCCCCUUGCAUUAUACCUAUGGCGCUCAACCUUCUUCUUCUUCUUCCUCUUCUUCGUCCCUUCGUUUGAUUUCUCUCCAGCGGCCAUGGAAUUCGAGAUUACCCAUCACCGUCUUUUUGACUGAGAACUGAGAACAUCGUGUUUUUUCAGAUGGGGGUGGAGAUGAAACGCUUCGUUCUCAUUUUCAUUGUCUCCUUCCAGCUCUGCAUUUCGAGCUCCAAUGGCGUUGCAGACCCAAAUGAUGUUAGUAUAGAGAGAGAAAGCUUGCUUGCUUUCAAAGCUGCGCUUGAGAACUCCGAAAUUCUCCCAUGGAACUCAUUGGUUCCUCAUUGCUCUUGGGCUGGCGUUUCUUGCCGACUCGGUCGAGUUACAGAGCUCUCUCUUUCGUCUCGUUCGCUCAAAGGCCAACUCUCUCCUUCUCUCUUCAACAUUUUGAGCCUCAUGGUUCUUGACCUUUCCUCCAACUCCCUCCACGGCUCAAUCCCACCUCAGAUAUCCAAUCUCCGGAGCUUGAAGGUGCUCGCUCUCGGCGGAAACCAGUUUUCUGGCGACUUCCCUGUCGAACUCACUGAGUUGACCCAGUUGGAGAAUCUCAAGCUGGGGACUAAUUUAUUCACAGGUGAAAUCCCGCCGGAGCUUGGUAAUUUGAAGCUGCUACAGACGCUCGACCUCUCCGGCAAUGCCUUCGUCGGGAAUGUUCCGGCCCACAUCGGAAACUUGACGAGGAUUUUAUCCUUGGACCUCGGCAACAAUCUCUUAUCAGGUUCACUCCCAUUGACCAUCUUUACUGAGCUUAAAUCUCUAACUUCUUUGGACAUUUCGAACAACUCGUUUUCUGGUUCAAUCCCACCUGAAAUUGGUAACCUACAGCAUUUAACCGACCUUUAUAUCGGCAUUAACCACUUUUCUGGUGAGUUGCCUCCUGAAGUUGGGAAACUUGCAUUGCUCGAGAACUUUUUCUCGCCUUCUUGUUCUCUCACGGGUCCAUUGCCUGAAGAACUAUCCAAGUUGAAAUCAUUGAGCAAACUUGACCUUUCAUACAACCCACUUGGCUGCUCUAUCCCAAAAUCAAUCGGCGAGUUGCAGAACCUGACUAUACUGAAUCUGGUUUACACAGAACUUAAUGGUUCCAUUCCUGCGCAACUUGGAAGGUGCAGAAAUUUGAAAACAUUGAUGGUUUCGUUCAACUUUCUAUCUGGGGUGUUGCCACAAGAGCUUUCAGAACUUCCCAUGUUGACAUUUUCUGCCGAGAAGAAUCAGCUUUCUGGGCCACUACCCUCCUGGCUCGGCAAAUGGAAUCAUGUCGAUUCUAUUUUGCUCUCAAGCAAUCGGUUCACUGGGAAAAUCCCACCUGAGAUUGGAAACUGUUCAAUGCUUAAGCACCUUAGUUUGAGUAAUAACUUGUUGGCAGGUCCGAUACCUAAAGAAAUCUGUAAUGCUGCAUCCUUGAUGGAGAUUGAUCUUGACAGUAACUUCCUUUCAGGUACGAUUGACGACACAUUUGUGCAGUGUAGAAACCUUACAGAGUUGGUUUUGGUAGACAAUCAGAUUGUUGGUACAAUACCAGAGUACUUCUCAGACCUUCCCCUACUGGUAAUCGACCUCGACUCUAAUAAUUUUACUGGUUCUUUACCGAGAAGUAUAUGGAACUCAGUAGAUUUGAUGGAAUUCUCUGCUGCAAAUAACCGGUUGGAGGGUCAUCUCCCUUCAGAAAUCGGUUAUGCAGCUUCACUUGAGAGGCUUGUUCUCAGCAACAAUAGGUUGACAGGUACAAUACCAGAUGAGAUUGGAAAUCUCACAGACCUUUCUGUUCUAAAUUUGAAUUCAAAUCUGCUUGAAGGUACUAUUCCAUCCUUGCUUGGAGAUUGCAGUAAACUUACCACAUUGGACCUUGGGAACAAUAGUUUGGACGGGUCCAUCCCGGAAAGACUUGCAGACCUUACUGAAUUACAGUGCCUAGUUCUUUCACACAACAAGUUAUCUGGAGCAAUACCUUUCAAGCCGUCUGCGUAUUUUCGACAGAUGACUAUUCCUGAUUUGAGCUUUGUCCAGCAUCAUGGUGUUUUUGAUCUGUCUCACAAUAGAUUGUCUGGUACCAUACCAGAUGAACUGGGGAAAUGUGUGGUAGUGGUUGAUCUUUUACUAAGCAAUAAUCUGCUUUCUGGAGAAAUUCCCAGAUCUCUCUCUCACUUAACAAACCUGACAACCUUGGAUCUGUCUGGUAAUAUGCUUACUGGUCCUAUUCCCACAGAGAUCGGGGAUGCUCUCAAGCUCCAAGGCCUAUAUCUUGGGAAUAAUCAGCUCACUAGAACGAUCCCCGAAAGCCUGAGUCAUUUGAAUAGCUUGGUAAAGUUGAACCUAACUGGUAACAAGUUAUCUGGUUCGGUUCCAAAAAGUCUUGGUGAUCUGAAAGCAUUAACUCAUUUGGAUUUAAGUUCCAAUGAGCUGGAUGGUGAUCUUCCUUCUUCUCUGUCCAGCAUGUUGAAUCUUGUGGGGCUUUAUGUACAAGAGAACAGGCUUUCUGGUCUGGUUGUUGAACUUUUCCCAAGUUCCAUGACAUGGAAGAUUGAAACUUUGAAUUUGAGUAGUAACUAUUUCGAGGGUGUACUUCCACGAACAUUGGGCAAUCUUUCAUACUUGACAACUUUGGAUCUUCAUGGGAAUAAGUUUACAGGGCCGAUCCCUUCUGAACUUGGGGAUCUUAUGCAACUCGAGUACUUUGAUGUUUCGAAAAACAGGCUCUCAGGAGAGAUUCCAGAGAAGAUAUGCAGCGUGGCCAAUAUGUUUUACCUGAAUUUGGCUGAAAACAGUCUAGAAGGCCCGAUUCCAAGAAGUGGCAUUUGCCAGAAUCUGUCCAAGACUUCACUUGCAGGUAACAAGGACCUUUGUGGGAGAAUCAUGGGUUUCAAUUGCCAGAUCAAAAGCUUGGAGAGAUCUGCAGUCUUGAAUGCUUGGAGCCUUGCUGGAAUUAUCGUCGUAAGUGUUCUUAUUGUUCUUACCGUGGCAUUCGCUAUGCGGAGACAGAUUAUUAGAAACCACAGAGAUAAUGAUCCAGAGGAAAUGGAGGAAAGCAAACUAAACAGUUUUAUAGAUCCAAAUCUCUAUUUCUUAAGCAGCAGCAGAUCGAAAGAGCCUUUAAGCAUCAACGUGGCCAUGUUCGAGCAGCCCCUUUUGAAAUUAACCUUGGUUGAUAUCCUCGUAGCAACCAAUAACUUCUGUAAAACGAACAUUAUUGGAGAUGGAGGAUUUGGGACCGUGUACAAGGCCACUUUGCCUGAUGGAAAAAUUGUUGCUGUGAAGAAGCUUAGCGAAGCAAAAACGCAGGGGCACAGAGAAUUUAUUGCUGAAAUGGAAACUCUAGGUAAAGUAAAACAUCAUAAUCUUGUUUCACUGCUUGGCUACUGCUCUCUUGGGGAGGAGAAGCUCCUUGUCUACGAGUAUAUGGUGAAUGGCAGCUUGGAUCUUUGGCUGAGAAACCGAAUCGGAACUCUUGAAGUCCUUAACUGGGAGACUCGCUUCAAAGUCGCUUCCGGUGCAGCCCGUGGAUUGGCAUUUCUUCACCAUGGAUUCAUCCCCCACAUCAUUCACAGAGAUAUCAAAGCAAGCAAUAUACUCCUCAACGAAGACUUCGAGCCAAAAGUUGCUGACUUCGGGUUGGCGAGACUGAUCAGUGCUUGUGAGACUCAUGUCACAACUGAGAUUGCUGGAACCUUUGGCUACAUCCCACCGGAGUACGGGCAGAGCGGGAGGUCUACCGCGAAAGGAGACGUUUAUAGCUUUGGUGUGAUUCUACUGGAACUGGUAACUGGGAAGGAACCAACAGGACCUGACUUCAAAGAGAUUGAGGGUGGAAAUCUGGUUGGUUGGGUGUUUCAGAAGAUCAAGAAGGGUCAGGCUGCGGACGUCCUCGACACGACAGUUCUGAAUGCUGAUUCGAAGCAUAUGAUGCUUCAAACUCUUCAGAUUGCUUGUAUUUGCCUGUCAGAAAAUCCUGCUAACAGACCUUCCAUGCUUCAGGUACUGAAGUUCCUCAAAGGGAUAAAGGAUGAGUAGAAUUUAGAGUUUGUUAGUGUUGGGACUUAGUAGGGGGGAAACAAAAGAUUGAAUAACACUGUAAAAAGAAGUAUUUAGUGAGGAAGAGGAUAUGGUGAAAAGGUUCAGAGUUGUAAUAGUUUUUAUCUGCUAAUCUAAUCUAAUCAAUCACAUGUUUGUGUUUCUCAUCA